UUCAAAAUUGUGACUUCUUUCUGAACUCCUAGGGAUAAGGAAAAAUUCAAGAUUCCACAACAGGUCCUCUAAUUAUAACCAACUGGUUGCAACAGACAGGAAUGUGAUUCAUCAUGAGUGAAAUUUAUGCAGCCACUGGGAGUGGCAAURGUUUUAUAUCCCAUUGCUCCAGAAGUCCCAUCAAGAAGCUUGGCAGUCAAGUUGACACCGUCAGUCCUGGGGAGAAGAGAGCUGAGCAAAAGGAAAAGAAAUGAAAACAUCUUCUUCUCCCCGCUAAGUCUGUCAGCUGCCUUUGGAAUGGUUGUCCUCGGAGCCAGGGGCAGCACACUGGAACAGAUUGAGAAGGUCUUUCAUUUCAGAGAAGUUUUGAGCAAUAGGAGGCAGCAAAACAGAUACCCUUCUGAGGAGUGUGAAGAUGAAGGAGUUCAUUCCCAGUUCCAGGCUCUGUUGGCUGAAAUCAGUGAACCUGGACCAGGCUGUUGUCUCACCAUUGCCAACAGACUCUUCGGAGAAAUUACUUAUCCAUUCUUCCAGCAAUACUUGGAUUCCACAAAGAAAUUCUAUCGAGCAGAACUGGAACCAGUAAAUUUUAAAUACACUGAAGAAGAAGUCAGAGACAAAAUUAACUUUUGGGUUGAAAAUGAGACAAAAGGUAAAAUCAAAGAUCUGUUUGCUGCUGGUUUUAUUGAUCCYUCUACUGUACUUGUCCUGGUCAAUGCUAUAUAUUUUAAAGGAAAGUGGGCAGUAGAAUUUAAGAAAGAAGACACUAAGGARAUGUAUUUUCACCUGAACAAGAAUGAGAGAAGGAAAGUGCAGAUGAUGUUUCAAGAAGGAGAUUUCAACAUGGCCAUCAUAAAGGAAGUGAAAACAAAAGUCAUAGAGCUCCAAUACUUCAACAAUGAACUAAGCAUGUUCAUUCUUCUUCCUGAAGAUGACUGUGAGGACUUUCCUGGCCUAGAASAGCUUGAACGUGCCCUCACUUAUGAAAAACUCACAGAAUGGACCAGAUUGGCUACGAUGCAACCAGCGAGGGUGAAGUUGUACCUACCCCAGUUCAAGAUGGAGGAAAGUUAUGUUCUCAACAACACUCUCCAGGAGAUGGGAGUAAUGAAUGUUUUUGACUGGGGAAAAGCUGAUUUGUCAGGAAUCUCUAUGAAAGAUGGCUUGGUUGUGUCCAAGGCCAUCCAGAAGACAAUCGUGGAAGUCAAUGAAGAGGGCACUGAAGCAGGUUGUGCCACGGGGCUUCUGGCAAUGCCUCUGUGUUGCCCAGAAACUUAUGAGUUCAGAGCUGAUCAUCCAUUCCUCUUCCUCAUCAGACACAACCAAACCAACACCAUUCUCUUCUUUGGAAGAUAUUCCUCUCCUUAGAUGGAGGUUAUAUUGGAAAUUAGAUCUUUCUUCCCCCUUACAUCCCAACUGGCAAGCAGUAAGGCCAAAAGACAUUUCUCUAGACUUUAUCCUAAAGUCUGGUUUGUUGUAAAUAAAAAGACUAUCUGAGAYGAGCCAAAUUAAUGAUAAAAGCCUAACCCCCAUGAACUUGAGUCAUGUUUUACCUUUAGGAUGCCUCACAAAAAURAUAUCUCCUUUAAAAUAUGCUAUGUGAUAUUUGCCAAAAAGCUGUAGUUCUCUAGAGAUAUCUGCAAAGAAAAUGCUACCUUGAGCCUUUCCCAAUGCAUUAUGGAUCAAAUAAACUCAUGAUUUUAGUCCCUUUAAAGCUAAGUGAUACAUUUUUUCACGUGAAGUAGGCAGAAGGAUUUGCAUUAAAAGCAUGACCUCAGGUACUUGGUCUCUUUUAGCCUUAUCUACCUAAGGUCUCAAGGAAAAUAUCACUUUAUAGUGGAGUAGCAAAGUAUUCCCCUGGGGCCCUCAUUCUAAAUAUUGAUUGGGGGCAGUGUUUCAAGCUGGAGCUGUCAGGGUUUGUUCUCAGACAGCAGAGAAGACAGAAGAUUUUCUGAUGCAGUUUGGCUUGAUCUCAAGAAGGGCAGACCCAUUGCUUUUUAUUUGUUUGUUUAUUUUGUUUUGUUUUGUUUUGUUUUUGUUGUUAUUUUUUUUGUGAAAUACUCCAUAUGUGUGAGAAGUUAUCCAGCUUCUACAUAAACUUCCACAAAACAAAAACAGGGUUUCAGAAUAAUGGGGACAAUUUUCUGACAAGGCCUGCUCUGUGCUGGCUGGGAAUGAGACACAUACAUUCCUACAUUCCCACAUUGAGUAGUGAUCAGCUAUUCUCACUUCUAAGAGCCAGUUCUGUUUGUGCCUCAGGUAGCAUGAAUUUCUUGUUCCAGCUAUUUUAUUUAUCAUUAACAUUAAAAAGUUUAAAAAUCCAUAGUGAUUGUAUUUAUAUGGGUAGCCUGUGUUUGUUUUAUUAUUUAUUCUUAUUUUUCAUAAUAAACCCACUGCAAACUGGAUAUUAAAUGUAGCUGUCAGCAGAAUUAAGUAGACAGAGGAAUAGUCUAAUAUAGCAAGUAAAAAUAAUGAUAAUMUUUUUCAAAAUUGUAGAUGACACUGAAGUCUAACCCCACUUUAAAURUUCAUCAAGCUGAAUUGAGGCCCUGGACAAUUCAACAUUAGGAUAUGUAAACCCUGAAACUUCUCCCUCUGUUACAUGAUCACUAUUACUUGCCUGACCAGGGGGUGAGCAGUUCUCUGGGAUGCAAAUCAAGAGGAAAACUUCUGAUAAAGCAAAUUUUCUUGCUGAUGAUCUAGCUCCCUAAACCUCCUCCUGGAUGUUGUGGAGUAGGGGGCGGAAAGUCAUAGCACAGGGUUACAAGAAGGCAGCAGCCUGCCCAGUUUGGCAGCAGACAAUGUCCAAAAUCCACAGAUACAUGAAGAAUAUUUGCUUUUCUAGGAAAAAUAUGCCACUCUUCGAUGACUCACUCCUCCUUUUCCUGUUACUCACUGAUGGGAAGAAGGUAAAAAGCAUGAACAUACUGGUGCCAUUGUAGAGCUAAUGAUUCAAAGGGUUCUUCCAAAUGCUGAGAUAUGCAGGAAAAAAAUACAGUAAAUUACACUGCUCAACACAAAUUGAAUUGCUAAAUAAAGCAGACCAUUUUAGUCUGUGGAGAUACCUCAUAUGGCUGCAAUUGCAGUAUGAAAUACAGCCUGAAAUAGUAAAAUUACCUAUAGAGACACACUUUUCAUAUCAAUUACCUGGUAAGAGAAGGGAACACAAAACAGGCUGCUAGCUCUUUGAUAAAUAAAGUAUGCAAAAAACAACUAUACAUGUUUUUCAACAACUGCCAUUGGAAUUUUGUGUGUAUCUAGUUUCUCUCCAUAUAAAUUACUUAAGUUAAAAGAAAAAAAGAGCAAAAUGAACAGUAUUAGAAUUUAUCAGCUUGCAUAAUCAGGCCCAUAUAUUUUCAGAUUAAAUGUAAAAGAUAAAGAAUUAAUGUGAUAAAGACAAGUGCUUUAGCGUAUUAUUCCAAAGAGUAUGAGCAUCACAACAGGAAUUCUGUGUAUGAGCAAAGGAGAAGGUGUGGCUGAAAUAAGGAUGUCACUUAGUUUACUACAGCAGAAGAAUUUUUGUAUUUUUUUUAACCUGCACCAGGGAUGCCACAUAAUUCAGAACCAGUA